AACAAGUCAAAUCAAAACUCCGAGCCGCAAAUAGUGUAUGGGAAGAAAAAAAAAACGCGGAAACGAAAACGCGAAUAAGCGAGAAACGAGACGGGACAAGUCAAGGAAAACAAAGUGCCAAAACAGCAAGAGGGCGAGCCGAGCCGAGCCGUAACCUUCUAGAGAGACUGCGAAAACGGCAUUAACUGCAAUAUAAUAUGGGUAACGCGGGCAGCUCCACCGUCCACAUGCGAGAGCGCCACAAAUCCACCGACCUCUCAACGCCAAGUUCUCCCGCACAUUUUCGUGACUCGGUUUCAAGCGCAGCUGGUGGUGGUGGGGUUGUUGGGGGGGGUGCUGGGGCACAUGGCGGGAGUGCAGCUUUGGCUGGAACUGGAGCGGGAGGCCAAGCUUUCUCGUUCGACAAAAAACAUACAGCAGUCUUGAACGAAGGCUCAUCGCAAGACGACGACGACCCGUAUUAUACGGGCGCGGGAGCGGCAGCUAAGCGCACAGCUGAUAGCAGCGAAGCAACAGCUGUUCUACGCAGCAGCGGCAGCGGAGAGAAGUUAAUCAUGGAUAACACCGAAGAGGAACAGCAGGCCGCUGGAUCACUGCUGCCCCCACUGGCUGGCGAUGACGACGACGACGAGCCAAAGAAAACCGCCCUGCCCACAGUCCUUCGCUGGGAUGGCGGCGGCAAGAACGUGACCAUCUCGGGCACCUUCUCCAAUUGGCGACCCAUCACAAUGGUCCGCAGCCAUGGCAAUUUUGUGACCAUCAUCGAUCUGCCCGAGGGCGACCACCAGUACAAAUUCUGUGUGGACGGCGAAUGGAAGCACGAUCCAAAGCUGAAAAGCGUGGAUAACGAUGAGGGAGAGAAGAACAAUUUGGUGUCUGUGCGGCCAUCCGAUUUCGAGGUAUUCCAAGCUCUGGCCAAAGACAGCGAGAACGUGACCAACUAUGCGGAGAAGGAGUACUCGCAGGAGGUGCCGCAGGCCAAGCCCUGGGAGAAGGUGUCCGGCCCCCCAGUGCUGCCGCCACACCUGCUGCAGGUCAUACUCAACAAGGACACUCCUCUCUCGUGCGAGCCCACAUUGUUGCCUGAACCGAACCAUGUGAUGUUGAAUCACUUGUAUGCGCUAUCCAUCAAGGAGGGGGUAAUGGUGCUGAGUGCCACGCAUCGCUAUCGCAAGAAGUACGUCACGACGCUGCUCUACAAGCCCAUUUAGACGAUGACCAACUUUAGUCCCCUUAUGAUCUAAGAAUCUGGUUUUAAUGAGGGGUAAUGGUAAUCCAUCUAUCUCUCCUGUCAAAUCUACUAUAGCGCAUGGGAUGUGUAUUUUAUUUGUUCUCUUUAUUAAGCGUUGUAUUUUUUAUUAGGUAAAUAUACGGAAUUUGUAGAAAUAUAA